UUCAAACGUGCAUUCCCCGGAAAGAAAAAGUUCCAUUUAGAUUUUUGCAAACUUGUAUUAUUUUGCACUGGAAUAUAGUGACAGAAACUGUUGCAUUAUUGCUGGCCUGAAAGUGCAAAAAAUCUAGGAAAUCCAUUUUUGUUUCUCAAAGGAUUUAUCAGUAGCCGUACGUGUAUCCAUGUUCAUCGGGUGAAGCAACAGUAAGAAUCAUGAUAGUGCCAUCGGUACCGCAUGGUUGGUCAGUGAUGAAACGUGAUCUGUUUAUACAACAGCGUGAAAUGAAACAAAAUUUGUGAUCGAUCCCAAGUGGACAUAUGGAGGAUGUUUACUGGAAUAAAUAUUGUGUUGGUGAAACGAGAAUCAACUGAUUAUGCUUUGAAUUGUUGAAAAUAAGUGGUGCGCGAAAGAAGCCUAAUACAUUUCAUAGAAACAACUACACAUCUUCCGUGAUGAACAUUUGAACAUUUGAACAUUUGAAAAUCGAGGAGAUAUGGAAGUGUAAUAAUAUAACUGUAGCUCAGUGAAAGAAUAAUGGGCAUAAAAUAAUAUUCAGAACCAUAUCAAAUUCAUCAUCAAGUGAAAGUAUGUGCAUGCCUCCGGAAGAAUAACAUUACUAGCCAUGCCGACGCCAUUAUAUCUGAUGCAUAGUGCCAGAUCGGUACGGUCGGAAACGGAACGUACAUUCGGAGUUUGCGGAACCCCGCCGGAGGAUGAAGAACUACAGAAUGUACCACAUUUGGGGAAUUGGCUGCUGUCCAGACUUCGAAGAACAAAGGGAAAUAAUGCUUUUCACGGAAGUAAAGAGACCAAUAUGAACCAACUUGAAACCAGUGAACUGCAAGCGAUUUUGACUUCCCAAGGCGACGCCGAAGUUUGCUUGCUGAGUGAAAGCCCUUAUCGGAUUUUGCGGGCUGCGGAAUCGGGAAACCUAGAUGAAUUCAUUCGUUUGUAUGAAGGAGAUAACGGGCGCUUGGCGGUGAAGGACAGCAGGGGGCGGACAGCGGCACACCAGGCCGCGGCUAGGAAUCGCAUCAAUAUUCUCAACUUCAUCAGCGCACAAGGUGGGGAUCUUAAUGCUCAGGAUUCGCUCGGGAACACGCCGUUGCACGUGGCCGUCGAAAACGAUUCAUUAGACGCGUUGGAGUUUUUGCUGAAAAUACCUGUCGCAACGAAUAUAUUGAAUGACAAGAAACUGGCACCGGUACAUUUGGCCACCGAGCUGAACAAAGUCAAAGGACUACAGGCGAUGGGAAAAUAUAGGAAAAACAUCGAUAUACAACAAGGAGGCGAACACGGUCGAACAGCAUUGCAUCUGGCUGCCAUCUACGACCACGAGGAAUGUGCCAGAAUACUGAUAUCCGAAUUUGGCGCGUGUCCUCGAAGACCGUGCAACAACGGUUACUACCCGAUCCACGAAGCGGCCAAAAAUGCCAGCUCGAAAACAAUGGAAGUCUUUUUCCAGUGGGGAGAAUCGAAAGGCUGUACGCGCGAGGAAAUGAUUUCCUUCUACGAUUCGGAGGGAAACGUUCCUCUGCAUUCCGCCGUUCACGGUGGCGACAUCAAGGCCGUUGAACUGUGUCUUAAAUCGGGAGCAAAAAUCUCCACCCAGCAGCACGACUUUUCGACACCGGUACAUCUGGCUGCGGCACAGGGAGCCAUCGAUAUCGUUAAGUUAAUGUUCCUGAUACAGCCUCAGGAGAAACGUGUCAGCUUAAAUUGCACCGACAUCCAGAAAAUGACUCCAUUACAUUGUGCAGCCAUGUUUGACCAUCCGGAAAUCGUGGAGUACCUCGUGCAAGAAGGAGCCGACAUAAACGCAUUGGACAAGGAAAAUCGUUCCCCAUUAUUACUUUCCGCGUCACGUGGUGGUUGGCGAACUGUUAUGAUUUUGAUUCGCCUUGGAGCUAACAUAAGCUUGAAAGACGUGAAUUCGCGGAACGUUCUGCACUUGGUCAUUAUGAACGGUGGUCGACUGGAUGACUUUGCCAAAGAGGUCAGUUGCACACAAUCCGAAGCAUAUCUUUUAUUGCUUCUUAAUGAGAAAGAUGAAACGGGUUGCUCUCCUCUGCAUUACGCUAGUCGCGAAGGACACAUUCGGUCGUUGGAAAAUCUGAUUCGGCUUGGAGCGUGCAUCAAUCUGAAAAAUAACAACAACGAAAGUCCACUCCACUUUGCCGCCCGUUAUGGCCGCUACAACACAGUUCGACAACUUUUGGACUCGGAAAAGGGUACGUUCAUCAUCAACGAAAGCGACGGAGAAGGCCUCACACCACUGCAUAUCGCUUCGAAGGAAGGGCACACGAGAGUGGUGCAACUGUUGCUCAACCGGGGAGCAUUACUUCACAGGGAUCAUAACGGGCGUAAUCCACUGCACCUGGCGGCAAUGUCAGGAUAUACGCAAACGAUUGAGCUACUGCACUCGGUGCAUUCGCAUUUGCUUGACCAAGUGGACAAAGAUGGGAAUACGGCCCUUCAUUUGGCAUCGAUGGAAAAUAAACCGAACGCGGUGGUUCUGCUGCUGAGCCUGGGAUGCAAACUGCUACACAAUUACAUGGACAUGAGUGCCAUUGAUUAUGCCAUCUACUACAAAUACCCGGAAGCAGCACUGGCCAUGGCGACUCACGAGGAACGUUCACCCGAAGUGAUGGCUCUGAAGUCCGACAAACAUCCCUGCGUAACAUUGGCCCUGAUAGCGUCUAUGCCAAGAGUGUUUGAAGCUGUCCAGGAUAACUGUAUCACAAAGGCAAACUGCAAAAAAGACUCCAAAAGCUUCUAUAUAAAAUAUUGCUUUAGCUGCCUGCAAUGUCCGACCAUGUACGCACAAAUGGAUUCACGGACCGGAGAGGCGGUACAAAUUUCGAAACCAAUUCCCUUGCCAGCACUGAACGCCAUGGUAAGUCACGGUCGCGUAGAGCUGCUCGCCCAUCCACUGAGCCAAAAAUACCUUCAAAUGAAAUGGAACUCCUACGGAAAGUACUUCCACCUGGCGAAUCUUCUAUUCUACAGCGUUUUCCUACUAUUCGUUACAGUUUUCACAUCUCAGCUCAUGACAGACCCACCGGUGACACUGACCUCCAGCAUCGAAACUACUCUUCCUGAUAGUACUCCCGACGAAGAACAGGACCAGCCAGUGGUAAUGGCGGCACGUUCUGCACCCGUUCCUUCUAUGUCAUACCGCAACCAAACCAUCGACCCAGAGGAGUAUAUGCCAAUUACAACAACCACCCUGGUGUCGGGAGUGGCCAUCAUCAUUUACAUAUUCUGCAACGCGGUACGGGAGAUCAUUCAAGCAUACCAACAGAAGUGGCACUAUCUGAUUGAGCCCAUCAACUUGGUGUCAUGGAUUUUGUACCUGUCCGCGCUGAUCAUGGUGUGGCCGAUGUUCAACAACGGCCGAUGCUACAACGGUAACUACUCCGCGGCAUCAAUUACAGUUUUCCUGUCAUGGUUCAACUUGCUGCUCUUUUUACAACGAUUUGAUCAGGUUGGAAUAUAUGUGGUGAUGUUCCUGGAGAUUCUUCAAACGCUGAUAAAAGUGCUAACUGUGUUUUCAAUCUUGAUAAUUGCCUUCGGCCUCGCAUUUUACAUCCUGUUAUCAAAGGUGUCAAAGAUGAUGGACACACAAGUAAACCAUUUGUCGUUUUCGUCCAUACCGAUGUCAUUGCUAAGGACGUUUUCCAUGAUGCUUGGCGAGAUGGAUAUUCUCGGAACAUAUGUGCAGCCGUUCUAUCAAAACCACCUCCUCUAUCCCAUCCCUUCGUUUGCAAUUCUUUGCCUUUUCAUGAUACUAAUGCCAAUCCUGUUGAUGAAUUUGCUCAUUGGUUUGGCGGUUGGCGAUAUCGAGUCCGUUCGACGUAAUGCUCAAUUGAAACGGCUGGCCAUGCAGGUGGUUCUCCACACAGAGUUGGAGCGCAAGUUACCGCAAAUGUGGCUGGAAAUGGUUGAUAAAAUGGAGCUGAUUGAAUAUCCCAACGAGAAGAAAUGUAAACUAGGAUUCCUGGAUUCGGUGCUGCGCAAAUGGUUCUGCAACCCCUUCAGCGAUGAAUGCAAAGGGGGAAUCGAUUUCGUGCUGGACAACAAUGAAGAUUACGUCGUUACAGAAUUAGAGAAGCAUAAAAGGAAAUUACGUGAAAUAAGUUCUGCGUUGGAUAACCAACAUCAACUGCUUCGUCUAAUUGUUCAGAAAAUGGAAAUCAAAACAGAGGCUGACGACGUGGACGAAGGUGUUGCCUCCAGAGAUUUCAACGGUAUCGGCGCCCUGCGAGGUCCCGGCGGCGCCACAUCGCGUUGGUCUUCACCGAGAAUCCGCAAAAAGCUUCGUGCUGCGAUGAGCUUCAAUAAAUCGAUUGGCAAAUGAAUCUAUUUAGCUGUGUAACGAUUGGACAUUUUAACUGUAAAACUUCAAGAGUUCAGCAUUGUGAGCGCGCUGUGUAGGAGCAUACAGGAAAUAUUAUUAAGAACCGUUUGGAAUAUUUAUUUGAUACAACCCCACACAGAAGCUGUCUAAUGGCUAUUGAACACAUCGACGGCAUUCAGGGAGCAUAUAAUACAAGAAGAUACGGUUUUUAUUCAUGUAUUAUCAGCCUAAACAGCGAUUCGUAGACUAAGAUGGUACAUGUUGUAAUACUCCUGGAAACAUGGUUGGACUAAGUGUUUUUUAAUGUGCCUGCAUUAUUUAUGGCAUUUAUUGUCUGUGACUAUAAUCGGCAAACAUGGUUGUGUAGGAUUGUAUUUGCAUUAAAAUGAAAUUUACGAAUGUAUUAUAAAACUUGAUUCGGGCAUUUUUCCCAAAAAUAUUCACCAUUGAAUUCGACUUCUAUAAUAGAACCACAGCCUUUUGUCACGCUUUUCUGUGCACCAUAAUAAUCGAGAUGGUCAAUUUUCUAAUAUAAAAACAAAACUUAUUAACGUUUGUGUCAUGUUGAGCUUAAUCUUAAUCACAUUAAAUGUA